AUGCUGGAAGCCUUCAUAAUAUUCUACGCCACGGUCUAUAUGCCUUUUGCGGCAGUAACUUUGGUCGAGUCGGUUCUGAGCGUGGCCAUUGUGACUUUUGGUAAUGCACAGAGAUCCAUACAACCAUAUUUCCGGGGUCAGGGACCACUUCCGAAGCUGUCCUCCACAACAGCCCUGGCUUUCUGCAUGCGCAAUGAAGACCCGAAGCCGCUUUUCGACCGGCUGGAUGCUAUGCAGAAUGCCCUGCUGAAGACCGGCCGACUUCAAUUCUUCCGUUUCGUUCUACUUAGCGAUACAAGUAACGAAGAGAUCGCGACAGAGGAGCUACGCCACUUUGCUCGUUUCAGAGACGACAUCUCCAAAGGAAUGUCCCGACCUCUAUUCUAUCGCCGGCGCAAGAUCAACACGGGCUACAAGGCUGGAAACGUUCAAGGCUACCUCGACUGCCAUUCUUGCGGUGACGACUUUUUCGUCGUGCUCGAUCAGGAUAGCGUCAUGUGCAGCGAUCUUCUCGUACGGCUAGUCUCUAGCAGGCCACCUUUUGGUGGCCACAUCAUUGGCCACGAUCUGAUGGAAUCAAUUCUGCUGCGCCGUGCGGGAUACGAUGUACGACUGCUGCCGUUCACUCCCGGAAGUUUCGAAGAAGAGCCCCUCAACCUCAUUGAAGCCCUUCCUCGGCAUCAACGGUGGUUCCAAGGCACGAUGCAAUACUGGUUCCUCUUGAACGAACCUGGCCUCAGCUUCUUUCAGCGAAGACAAGUGGUUCGGAUCUUGGCUAUCUACCUCAUGCAAGUCGUCUCGUUCGUCUUGACGCUCGCUAUCAUUGCGAACAUAAUUCUCAAUGGUCGAAGCCCCACGUCGACUACGAGCGGCAGCACACUGCCAAAAUUGAUCAUCUUGCUGAUCACUAGAGGCAUGAAGACAGCUGCAAUUCUUGAAGGUGUUUUGCGGUCUUCCACCAAACGAUAUGGUGGAAUUUUGCGAUGGUCGUUGGCUAUUGUGAUUGAGUCGAUGUUCGUUAUGCCGUUGACUGCGAUAAUCUCUGCGUCAGUCACGUAUUACCUUAUCGCUAUGCUGACAGGCCACGCGGUCUCCUGGGAUGGUCAAAAUCGCAAUCGACUGGGUCUCAGUUGGCGCACCGCAUACGGGGCGCUGUGGCCGGUGACAAUGGUUGGACUCAGUGUUCUUGCAUUACUUUGCAGAUACCCUGAAUUGCGAGACUGGUGGAUCAUCAAUUGGGCGCUGUCGCUGGCGCUAUCUGUGCCUUUCACCGUGCUGACUGCUUCGCCAGCUCUUGCACAGUUCACGACACGUUGGAGGCUAUUCACGACUCCAGAGGGAGAAAAGAUCCCGCCAGUGCUUCAGAACAUUGUGGACCCACAAGUUAAGAAUUCUUCAAAGGCUAUUAUAGAUCGAGCAAAGGCAGAAUAG